GGAACAGAGACCGAACCGUGCAGGGGCUUUAUCAGAAACCUAUCAAUCCCCAAUCCCACCAGGCCUACCUCGCGCGCUGUAGAUUCGACCCUGCAAAUUUCUCCGUCCCCGGAAGAUGGAGUUCCUCUGUUCUUUGACCGGCACGGCGACGCCGUCGUCGUCUUCUCCUCUCCUGCCUUCUCUCCGCCCCAGCGCCUACAGGACGAGACCGCCGUUUCCGGUGGCCGCCGCCGCCGCCGCGACGCUGCUCUCCGUUGCUGAUCUCCGGCGGCGGACGUUCAGGGGCGGGGUCGUCGCCGGUCCGAUUAGAGCCGCUGCUAGUUCCGGCGUGACGAGUAAGGAUCGAGGCGGCGGAACAGCGGCUGACCUCGGGAGAAAAUGUUCCGAGAGUGCGUGGUUUGGGAGUGCCCGAGGCGUGACGAGUGCGGUCGGUGUUCGAUGUGUGAAAAUUGGCAGGUCGGAACCGUCCGCGGAUUCCUCGGGAGGCGUGCACGAGUUCGAGAGAGAGUUGCAGGAGUUGUUCGAUGAAGUCAAAGGUAUGAUUGCCGCAGGGAAGCAUGAGGAUGCCAUAAGCCUGCUUCGAGCGAAUUUCGAAGCUGUAAAGGGAGAAAUAGAUGCAGGUUCUAGGAGCAUCGAAGAAGCUGCUGUUCUUGACGUUUUAGCCCUGGGGUACAUGCGCAUUGGAGACUUCAAAAUGGUCGAGACCAUACUGGAGAUGAUGAACGAAGUUGUUGGCAAUAUAUACGAUGAUGGACGUCUUUUUGGAUCAGUACUUAUGCAUAUGGGAAGCAUGUAUUCCAGUUUGGGGAAGUUUGAGAAAUCAACAGUCAUGUACCGAAGGUCUAUUAGCAUUCUUGAACAGCUAUAUGGUGAAACUAGUACUUUUCUUGUCAUGCCAUUACUGGGAAUGGCAAAGGCUUUGGGCUCUAUUCAAAGAACAUCUAAAGCUACAGAGAUAUACCGUCGUGCAAUUAGCAUUCUAGAAUUAAGUAGAGGCCCUGAAAGUGAAGAUUUGGCAGUUCCUUUAUCUGGUCUUGGCAAUCUUCUGAUAAUGGAAGGGAAGGUUGACGAUGCAGAGAGUCCUUUUGCUAGAAUUGUAAGCAUAUAUAAAACCUUAUAUGGAGACAAAGAUGGAAGAGUUGGAAUGGCAUCAUCUUCUCUUGCCCAUGUGAAAUGUGCAAAAGGAGAUGUCAAUGAAGCUAUUAACUUAUACAAAAGUGCCCUUCAGAUCAUUAAGGAUUCAAAUUCUAUGGCUUUGGAUGAUCCCACGAUGGAGAAGAUGAGAAUAGACCUGGCCGAAUUACUUCAUGUUACCGGAAGGGGUAACGAAGGGCGACAGCUGUUGGAGGAGUGCUUGUUAAUUUCUGAGAAAUAUAAAGGAAAGGAUCAUCCAGAUUCUGUUAGACACCUUCUAAAUCUUGCAACAUCCUAUUCUCGCUCAAAAAACUUUGUGGAGGCAGAGCGCUUGCUAAGAACCAGUUUAGAUAUAAUGACGAGGACCUUGAGGCCUGAUGAUCCCUCCGUCAGCUUUCCUAUGCUUCAUCUUGCAGUGACUCUAUACCAUUUGAAAAGGGAUGAAGAAGCUGAAGAACUUGCCAAGGAUGCUUUGCUGAUUCGCGAGAAAGCAUUUGGAGAAGAUUCUCUACCAGUUGGGGAGGCUCUUGACUGUUUAAUUUCGAUCCAGACUCGCAUGGGAAAGGAUGAUGACAAGUUAGUGGUGCUUCUCCAGAGGGUUCUAAAAAUCCAAGAGAAAGAGAUAGGUUAUGAGAGUGAAGAAGUCGCAGUAACCCUGAAAAAAGUUGUGUUCUAUUUGGAAAAAUUAGGAAGAAGGGAUGAAAAAGUUCAGUUGCAGAAAAGAUUGUCUGUACUCAGGAUGAAAUACAAGCAAAUGAUACAUUAUUAGUUUCUUGGCACAUCUGCUUCCAUCUCCUUCAGGGUGAUUUGGUAUGUACAAGUGGGACCAUUUUGAAAAUCAAGUGAAUACCUCUACAUUAUCCUGACGUUGUGAUAUUAUCAGGAACUCGUGGUUUAGGUAGAUGCCCUUAUCCUGCCUUGUCAGAUAGGAAUUUUCGGGCCAUAGUUGUUGAAUUUAUACCUACUUACUCAAGCAACUUGUCGGAAGAUUCAUUUAAUUACUGGCGGCUGUGACUGGGAUGGGCAUUCUAUGAGGACGGCAGUUUCGUUAAACAGACAGAAGAGCCAAUUCAUCUAACUAUUGGUUAUUGAGGAGCAAGGCGAUGUCAGCAACAGGGGUUUCUUGGCAACAAGUAGCUCACCAAGGCAAUAUCCGAAAAAUACAUCCCUACAUACGACAGUCACCACCUUCUUCAUAAUCAGUAGUGAUGAUGCAACGGCAGACUCGGCGGACCUGCAACUCGAUAAUUUGUGGCAGGGUGUGGAGUCCCUAUGGUUACUCCCAAGGGAGGUAGCUAAUUGGUUGCUCCUCUCACCGUUUUCAAUUUUAAAAAGAAAAUUACUAGUGAUAAGAGAACCUUCGACUGGUGCUAAUCAUAGUGGAUAACAGUUGAGAUCACCUUCACCUGUUCUUUGUACAGAGAGCCUCUUGCACUUAUAACUUGACAUAAAGGGGAAGAAGUAGAUAAUUGUGCGACCCGACUCAGGGAACCGGAAGGGAUCAUGUUUUGACAGCUACAAGGCAUGGACGCUAAAUGUGAAUUUUUUGGUCCGACAUAUAACUGCCAUGUGGAGCCAGUAUCAACUGCAGUGGUAAGUGGUUCUAGUCUCCACACUAUUUGUUUGAAGAAUGGUGUUGUGCUCUUUCCAAGUAGCUGUCCAGGAUGAUAGUCUGCAGAUGACACUGAAAGGAAAAGAGUGGGAGAGAGUUCCAUUGCUCGGAUAUAGGUCCUACCUUCUUACUGAAAUUUUAAAGUGUUUUGCCUCAAUGAAGAAGCCGCUUUCUCCCGACAUUCGAUGCAAUUGGUGGGGAGCUGGGAAGAAUGACUCAUCUUAUUCGAGUGUCAAUUAAUUCGAGUUGUGAGUUGGAAUUUGUACCGAGGAUCAUCUGACAUUCACUCGUGAUAUUAGAUACUCUCUACCGGGACAAUCUCACGUUGGUUUUAAAUUCUUAUC